AUGAGGGUUCCUGGCGACAAGGGAAAAUAUCAUGAACACAACCCUGACGAUUCCAGCGAGGAUGAGGACGAUGAAGGGCACAUCGAGGAUGAGGAUGACAAACUCUGGUCCCAAUGCAAGCCGCUGCCCAAUUGGGUGUUGAUAAAUCUGACUGCACUUGUCCUCGCGGGCAAAGUGGUGGUAUCCUCUUCACCUCCAAAACAGCCCAGAGAUGACUCUUCUGCGAUGUCCCCUCGAGCAUCCAGAUCCGAUAAACCACCUGUCCAUGCCCAGGCCUGCCGAAGUUCCUCAAGCGAUCACGACUACCAAUCUGCUGCCAGCAUGGGCAGCCACUUCUAA